AUCAUGCAUGCCGCUGCCGGGAUGCCGGAACCUGGCCCCGCCGCUGCUGCUCCUACUCGUCGCCCUGACGACGCUCCUGGCGCUCGCGACGCCCGCCGCGUGCUCCGGGCCCCGCGCCGCCGACAGCGCCGAAGAUGCCGAAGACAGCGACGCGUCGGCCGAAGUGCAGCGACGACUGCGGCACGCCGGAGGACCGCGUAGCCAGGACCACGUCCUGGCCGAGGACGAGGCCGCGGGCGCCGCCGCGGGCUCCUCGGAGGAGGACGUGGCGCUCGGCGACGAGCCGGCGGACGACGGCGGCGACGCCGUGAAGCACCCGCGGGGCACCAGUCGCUUCCUGCAGCUGUACUGCCGCACCGGAUACAACCUGGUCAUCCACGCCGGGGGAAAGGUCAACGGGACCCGGGAGGACCGCAACCGAUACGGUGGGUGCUGGCCCGCCGGAUAUCUGCUUUCGUCCGACGGGGUCCGUACCCCUGCUCGGCAGUGCGCGUGUCUGGAGAGUGUUGUCGUGUCUGUCGGCCAACUUUUGGCCGACUUUGCUGCUGGUGCCGGUUCCCGGGAAGAGUUUGCGUGUGGCCGACGCAACGGCUUAAUGGUGCGCUGA